AUGACAGUCCUGGUGGCUUUCAUCAUUCAGGACUUCAUUACCAAGUUCCUGCGAUGGAGGAAAAUGCCCCCUGGACCAUGGGGUAUACCUAUCUUGGGCUACAUUCCGUUCCUAUUCAAGGAACCACCUUAUUUGGUCUUCGAGCGAUUGUGGGAAAAACACGGAGAUAUAAUCAGCGUGACCUUGGCAUCGAAGGAACAAGUCGUGCUUAACAACUGGGAACUCAUAAGAGAUGCAUUCUCUCGACCCGAAUUCACAGAUCGGCCGGACAUGGUCCUCAUUCGCCUGGCAUCCUCUGGAAUCGUGACGGGGAACGGAUCGCUUUGGCAGGACAAUCGACGCUUCACGAUGAGGACUUUGAGAGAUUUCGGGUUCGGUAAGACAACCUUAGAUGGGAUCAUAAGCAACGAAGCCUUGGCACUCUGUGAUGUUUUCAAGAAGAAGGCCAAGGACCCAUUCGGUCUGCAUUAUUCAGUCAACGUCGCCGUGCUGAACGUCUUAUGGAAGAUGACUGCUGGCGAGCAGUAUGCUUACGAAGAUGCGCGAAUGGCCAAUUUCAUUGAGUUGUUGAAUUUGACCUUGGAAGAUACUCAGUCUUUGGGCCUAAUCCAAUUCGUCCCUAUUUUGAAAUACUUGUAUCCAACUGCCCUUCAAGCCUACCGACGUGUCAAGAACCGAAUCGAACGCAUCACCGAUGACUUCAAGGGAAAGAUUGAUGAGCACAAGAAGAACUUCGAUCCAGAUAACAUCCGAGACUACAUCGAUGCCUAUCUUCAGGAGAUGAAAGCGCAGCAAAACCGAGGAGAAGAAAAUACGAAUUUUUCAGAUCUGCAGCUGAGAGUGAACAUCCAAAAUCUCUUCCUCAUUGGCUGCGAGACCACAGCCAAUACGAUUCGUUGGGCCAUUUUGUUUCUUCUACGGAACUUAAAAGUGCAGGAAUGGAUUCAGGCGGAAGUGGAUAAUGUGAUCGGAAGAGAGAGACUUCCAUCACUUGCGGACAGGGAUCGAAUGCCUUACACCGAAGCCUUCAUCAUGGAGGUUCAACGCCAUGCCAAUGUUGCCCCCAUGGGUUUACCGCACUGCACGAAUCAAGACGUGGAAUUCGCGGGAUACACGAUCCCCAAGGGUACCAUUGUUAUGGGGAACCUGUGGGCUUGCCAUUUCGACCCAAAAUAUUGGCCUGAUCCCUUCAAAUUCGAUCCGACUCGGUUUUUAGAAAGUGAUGGGACUCUCAAGACCAAGAAUUCCAGCUUCCUUCCUUUUUCUCUUGGGAAGCGUCAAUGCCUGGGUGAAGCGCUGGCAAAGAUGGAACUCUUCAUUUUCCUCACAAUAUUUAUGCAGAGAUUCAGCUUCCGUCUACCAGAGGGUGCCACGAUGCCAUCUACAGAACCCAUCUUCAGUGCCAUCGUUAACCGUCCGAAACCCUUCAAGAUUGUCGCCGAAAUAAGAACCUGA